CAAGUCAUAGUCUUUCUUUAAGAUUUUCUUUGCUAUACAUGCAUAUCCCUGAAUUUCAUGAUUGUCACCACUUUUAUUCUAUUCUCAUAUACCCAUAACCACUGAAAAAGUAGCAAUCCUUACCAAAAUAUCUAUGGAAGUUCUUCCCUCCCAUAAGCUUUUAUUCCGACUCAGUCUUCUCUUACCUAUUCAUAUCACCUCACUUAUGCUCAUCUCUUCAGCUUACUCUCCUCCUGAUAAUUACUUCAUUAAUUGUGGAGCAAACUCCAAAACCAACGUCACUACCUCGGGUACCAGAACCCGAGUUUUCAUUGGUGAUCGGGGUUUCUUAGUCGGAAAGGCAGAAACUGUCAAAAACAACAACCCAACAGCAAGCACUUCACUUGAUCUAUAUCAAGCGGCAAGAAUUUUCCGACACCAGGCUUUAUAUAAGUUCAACAUCUACCAGACUGGUACAUACAUUGUACGCCUCCAUUUCUUUGUUUUCAUGUCACUGUAUACUGAUCGGCCUAUUCCUCGAUUCAAUGUUUCGGUUUUUGGGCAUUCACUUUUGACAAACUAUAGCUUCCAAAACAUGACUAGUUCUCCAAAGAUUGAGGAAUUCUUGCUCACCAUUCCAAAAGGUAAAUUUAAAAUUUUCUUCGUACCUUACCAGAAUUCUUCGGCUUUUGUGAAUGCCAUAGAAGUCUUUCUCGGCCCCGAGAGCUUCAUCCCUGAUGAGGCCCCUUACAUUACUUCUCAAGGAGCUAAGAAUAACUACAGUCAUUUGAGCUCCAAGGUUCUGCAUAAAGUCCAUAGGAUCGACGUUGGCGAAGACUCUAUAUCCUAGCAGGA